GAGACAAGGCAUGGCGCGUCCAUAAAAGCUUCGCCUACUGCACAUGCCUUAGCGGAAAAAGAGAAUGCCCAGAAUAGGUAAAGCCAGAAACGGCGGGCCCAUCUCAUGCCAGUACACGCCGGGUGCAUUCAAGGCAAUGGUUGUCAUCUCUUCAUGUCCCAUUUCACCAACCGCCCCAUUUGCUCACGGGGAUACCACUCUGCCCUCCCGCAGUCAUAUUAUUUUGUAAAUUUUUUUUGCCGCAACUAUAAAUACAGACCGGAAAGUGUCAGAAAAGAUUGCACAUCCAAAUUCAAGAGCUCAUCUUUUUCACAUUUUAAAGUGAUAGUUUAAUCAUGAUACCAAAAGGGUUUUUCUUUUUUGUGCUUCUUUUGGUUUUUGUCGACUCAAGAUUCUUCUUUGGACAUGUUCUUGGGGUCGCUGUGAAAGAUAAGGAUGUGUGGAGUUCGAGUUUGGAGAAAAAUAUGGAUAGUACGAGGAGUCUUGAGGUCAGGUUCAAUAAUGGGCCUGCUAAGCACUGGACUGAUGCUCUACCCAUUGGGAAUGGACGCCUUGGUGCUAUGGUUUGGGGCGGUGUUGCCAACGAGACUAUUAAUCUCAACGAGGACACACUUUGGACGGGGACUCCUGGUGAUUAUACAGACCCUGAUGCUCCAAACACCCUGUCUAAAGUCAGAAAACUUGUCGACGAUGGGCAAUAUGCAGACGCCACCACAGCCGCAGUCAAUUUAUCAGGAAAUCCAUCUGAUGUUUACCAGCUCUUGGGAGACAUAAAAAUAGAGUUUAGUGAUACUCAUGCUGCAUACGAUGAAGAAACUUAUCAGAGAGUACUGGAUUUAGACACAGCAACCGUACAAGUGCAGUAUUCUGCCAAUGAAGUUGAAUAUACAAGGGAAUAUUUUACCUCGAAUCCAGAUGAAGUAGUUGUGAUAAAGAUUUCUGGAAACAAGCCCUCAUGUCUAAAUUUUGUGGUAUCAAUGGACAGCAAAUUGCAUCAUCAUUCAUAUGUAAAUAACAAAAACCAAAUCAUUUUAGAUGGAAGUUGUCCAGGCAGAAGAAUUGCACCAAAAGUCUAUGGAAAUGGUAAUCCUAAAGGAAGCAGCCCCCAGAAGUCCAUUAAAAAUCCCAAUCCUAAAGGAAUUCAAUAUUCAGCAGUUCUGGAUCUGCAGAUUAGUGAUGAUGCAGGUGAGUUGCAAGUUGUGAAUGGUAGAAAGCUGCGGGUGGAGGGUGGCAACUGGGCUGUUAUCCGUCUUACAGCAUCAUCAUCAUUUGAUGGGCCAUUUACCAAGCCUGUGGAUUCAAAAAAGGAUCCUAGGUCGGAAUCUUUAAGUACAAUGGAUUCUGCAAAACGAUAUUCAUAUUCUGAUCUUUAUGCACGCCAUGUUGAUGACUAUCAAGCACUUUUUCAUCGUGUCUCACUGCAGCUUUCUAAUAGCCCCAAGAGUGCUGUGGGAAACAGCAUAAAUGUGAAAGAAGACAAGGAUGAGCUGAUUACAACUGCUCAGAGGGUCAAGUCUUUCAAAACUUAUGAAGAUCCCUCUACGGUUGAGCUUCUUUUCCAGUAUGGUCGAUACUUGUUAAUUGCUUGUUCACGUCCUGGAUCUCAGCCCUCAAACCUGCAAGGAAUCUGGAACAAGGAUAUUGAGCCAGCAUGGGAUGGUGCUCCUCACCUGAAUAUCAAUCUCCAAAUGAACUACUGGCCUUCUCUCUCUUGUAAUCUAAAAGAGUGCCAAGAGCCUUUAUUUGACUAUAUCUCGUCUCUGUCCAGAAAUGGAAAUAAAACUGCGAAGGUGAACUAUGGAGCAAAUGGUUGGGUUGCGCAUCAGGUAUCUGAUAUAUGGGCAAAAACAUCUCCAGAUCGUGGUCAAGCUGUGUGGGCUUUGUGGCAGAUGGGUGGAGCGUGGCUUUGUACACAUUUAUGGGAGCAUUAUACUUAUACAAUGGACAAAGAGUUCCUAAGAAACAAAGCGUAUCCCUUGCUGGAAGGUUGUGCUGCAUUUCUACUUGACUGGCUGAUUGAAGGCCCCCAAGGAAUUCUUGAAACUAAUCCAUCUACCUCCCCAGAACACAUGUUUACUGCUCACGAUGGUAAGCCCGCUAGUGUUAGCUACUCAUCAACCAUGGACAUGCAAAUUAUUCAUGAAGUUUUCUCUGCAAUUGUUUCUGCUGCUGAGGAGCUGGGUAAAAGUAAUGAUGAUCUUAUCGUAAGAGUUCUUAAAGCUCAACCACGUCUUGCUCCAACCAGAAUUGCAAGAGAUGGGUCAAUCAUGGAAUGGGCACAGGAAUUUGAGGAUCCAGAGGUGCACCACCGACAUCUAUCACAUCUAUUUGGCCUGUUCCCUGGUCGCACCAUUAAUCUUGAAACCACUCCUGAUUUAUGUAAAGCAGCAGAGAUCACCUUAAACAAACGAGGAGAAGAGGGUCCAGGAUGGUCAACAACAUGGAAAGCUGCUUUGUGGGCACGCCUUCAUAACAGCGAGAAUGCAUAUCGGAUGGUAAAGCAUCUAUUCGAUCUAGUGGAUCCCGACCAUGAAAGUGAUUUUGAAGGAGGGCUAUAUGCCAAUCUCUUUACUGCACAUCCACCUUUCCAGAUCGACGCCAAUUUUGGAUUUUCCACAGCAGUAGCAGAAAUGCUAGUUCAGAGCACAGUAAAGGACUUAUACCUGCUUCCAGCUCUUCCUCGUGAUAAAUGGCCGAACGGUUGUGCUAAGGGUCUUAAAGCGCGGGGUGGUGUGACGGUCAGCGUUUGCUGGAGGGAAGGAGAUCUUGUAGAAGUUGGGCUUUGGUCCAAUGAUAGAAAUACUGUGAAGAGGUUACAUUACAGAGGAACUACUGCUACAACAAAUAUUUUAUCAGACAUAGUCUACACUUUCAACAAAGAGUUGAAAUGCAUCAAAACAGAUGCACUUCAGUGAUGGCCAUUUUUUCCCUUUUUGGCUGAGAAAAUAUGAUCAAAUGGAUCUUAUUACAAAGACUAAGGACUUAUAUUCAUCAUUUUGAUUCAAAGAAAUAUUAUUGUAGCAA